AUGUUCGAUGCCGUUUUCCCUUUCCACGAAACACAAUGCUGUGAAAUCUCAUACCACACGAUAGUGCAAACCCCAGAAAAUGUAGCGAUACAUAAGCCAAAUAAAGGUGACGACAAUCGGGAACAAGAAAAUCAAGAACAACGUGCGGAGACACCGAAAAAUGAUGAGGAACAUGAAUGCAAUUCAUCUGAAAAUGUAUUAAGAGAAAUUCACAACUUGGAGCAAGAACACGCCGCAGAAACUAGAAAGCAAUAG